AGCGGUGACCGCAAGAGGCCGCUACCAUCGCGGUAUAUACCCCCAGCGCGCCGGGAACCCAGGCCGCCGGCGGUGCCGCGCGCUGAACGCGACACCGACCUCGUUAGAGCCGCACACAAUUAUUAUCCAGAAGGGGAAGGUGAGGGGCGAUGCAGCACGUUCCCGCCGCUGAUGCAGGCGCGCUCCUGGACGAGGGGCGUGCCCUACAGAGACAGCUUUGACCACGCCAGGCCAACGGAUAGUAUCGGUAACUGCUACACGCCAGCCACUAAGACUAUGCGCACGCCGCACAUGCCGCCCAAGAGGCGCCCGCCCCCGCAGCUAUACGGCCCAAUAGGACCAAACGGCGAGCUGCAGUUCCCUCCACUCAAGCCCUGGUCGGAGAGGGAGAAGGAGCGACUGGCCGCGGUCAAGAGAGAGAAAGAGAAGGAGAAACUGCCGAAAGGGAUCAUAUAUUUGGAGGACUUGGUAUCUGGCGCGUAUCACAGACGUAAGGCGGCGGAGGCAGAAGCGAGAAGGAAAAGGAUAGAGAAGAAAAAGAAAGAGAAGGCAGAUGCGGAGCGGGCGGCGCAGGAGGCUUUGAAACGUCGUCUAGCGCGCAUGGAGUUUGAGCUGCCCCGCGACCCGGACGAGCAGAAGGCGGAGCUGGUGCGGCUGGCGGAGGCGGAGCAGCGCACACCCUCGCCGGAGGAGGUGGCGCGGAUACAGUACUACCUCACCACGUCUCUCAACGCACCGCAUCUACCGCCAUACCCCGAGCACCUGUACGCACGCGCACGCUCCGCCGUCGACACCCAGACCAGACAUGUCCGCUUGCGGCAUAUGACACUCCUGCACGCGGUCUGCAUGACCACGUGCGAUGAGGAGAUCAGAAAUAACUUCGAGGAGGCUAUGAGGAGAUGUCUCCUAGCCUACAUUCUCGAGGAUCCGGCGGAGCGGCGGCGGCUCCAGAUCUCGCGGCUGCCGGCGCGCUGGCCGGCGCUGGUGGUGCGAGCGCCGGUGUCGUAUCACGCGGCGAUCACGUGCGCCAGACACGCCAUGGGCUAUCAUUUCUAUCGCGGGAACCCUAUAGUUAUUGAGAUGAAGCGGAUAUGGAACAUGAGGUAUGCCUCAAUGGUAAUCUGCGACAUGGAAGCCCUACAGACGGAGGGGGCGUUCCCGCUUUACCCGGAGGAGUUGACAUCACGUCUGGAGGCGCAGUGCAUCGCCGCGCGUGCCGCGCUCGAUGACUGGCUGAUUGACGCCGCAGACACCAUGGUGAAGAUGCGACGCCAUUGGUCGAUCUACGUCGCCAGGGGGCGGGGCCAGUCUACAUUCAUGGUGGAGAAGUUUUUUAGGUGUCUCCACGCCCUGAUGUCUCAGCAGCUGCGCGAUCUCGUCGAGCGCAGCGUCCGCCACUUUGCCAAAUAUUUCGCUCACUAUUCAGAGGGCAACGAUUACAGUGGUGAGUACGCAGACUACACGUACACGAAGCGUCCGCUACUGCGCGUGCGCGUGGAGGGGCGUGCGGGCGCGACGCUGACGUUUGCGCCGCCGCUGCCGCGCAUGCGUGACGUCAUCGCGGGCUGGUUCCGCGCUAUUGUGGCUGUUAAUGAUGGGAUACCCAGCGUUGACGCUAUCAUGUACCCAGACGUGACGCGUCCGAACCCGUUUCUCCACGCAGUCAGCGCGGACGAGGAGCACAUAACGGCUAUCAUCACCACCACCGUCGCCCACUUCGAGCGCAAUCGUCCCGGCCCAGAGAGCUACCUCGCCUGCUACGACCAGUACCAUUACCUGCUUGAUGGUACCGCUCACAAGGAUCUGUUGGCCUUCUUCGCUGUUGAUCCACCGCCUUUUCUCAAGGACUUUUCUGCCCGUAUACGCUCGUACGACGCCCUCCGCGACGAGAUCACGUUUCUACGGUGCGACGUGCCGCUAAACAUGCUGCAGCUCGACUGCUCGCCCGUCAACGACACGCUGCGUGAGGCUGCGUUGGCGCUGCGGCAAUACAUCGUCGACCACUUCGUUGCCGCCAACAGGAAGUGGAACCGCGAUAUGUGUGACGAGUACGAAGAGAUGGCAGCACGGGCAUCGGAGACGCCGGAAACAACGGCUGAGCUGGUGGCGCUGCUGGGCUACCUCACGGAGUGCCGCGACGCCGCCUGCUACCGCCUGCGCGAGCGCGGCCGGGAGGCGGCGCGCAACGUGCUCUUCCUGAUGGACCACGCCCACCUCUCGUUCGAGGACAUCAACCUGAACACCCGCGUGUUCCUGUGGCCGAUGGACAUGGAGGACACGAUAGAGCUGACGAUGAAAACGCUGAACACGAAGCGCGGCAUGGCGGAGGACAAGCUGCGGAGUCGGAAGGCGAUAUUCGAGGAGAAGCUAAAGCGGCACGAGAAGGAGCUGGAGGUGUUCCGCCGCUUCGACCCGCCGCUACUCAACCUGGACCUGCUGAAGGAGGUCGUGGUGAAGGUCGACGAGAUCAACAACAACUUGAUGGAAGACAAACGCGAAGCGGAGGAGAUAAUUAACGAAGAAACACUCCUAGAACAGGAGGUGUCUGUGUACUUCAGCCUGCAGACCAUGCUCGCCAGCAUAGACCCCUUCUACAAGCUCUGGCACACCGCCUUCGACUUCUACGACGGAUAUGAGAGAUGGUACCACGGGCCGUUCCACGGUCUGGACGCUCCACGUAUCGCCGAGGACGUGGAGUCGUGGUGGAAGCUGCUGCACAAGCUGGGCAAGCAGCUGUGGGAGUACGGGGGCGCGCGCCGCAUCGCCGACAUGCUGCGCAACAAGCUCGACAAGUUCCGCGCGCUGGUGCCCGUUCUCGUCGCUAUAUGCAACCAGGGCAUGCGCGACCGGCACUGGGCGGAGAUCGCGGCGCUGGUGGGCGCGGAGGUGCCGCACAGUGCGGACGCGACGCUCGCGGACGUGGUGGAGGCGGGCGCGCACGUGUACGCCGCGCAGCUGACGGCGCUCGAGCAGGCGGCCGCACGGGAACACGCGUUAGAGCGCGCGCUCAUAGACAUGAGGAAGGAUUGGGAGGGCGUGCGCUUUGACGUCGUGCCGUAUAGGGACACCGGCGUAGGCAUCCUGUCCGGGCUGGACGACAUCCAGCAGCAGCUGGACGACCACAUCCUCAAGUCGCAGACGAUGCGCGGCUCGCCCUACGUCAAGCCGUUCGAGGCCGACGUCGCCGCCUGGGAGGAGAAACUCAUCAGCAUGCAGGAUAUACUCGACCAGUGGCUGCAGUGCCAAGCGACCUGGAUGUAUCUGGAGCCCAUAUUCUCGUCGGAGGACAUAAUGCGGCAGAUGCCGACCGAGGCGCGUAACUUUCGCGACGUGGACAAGGAGUGGCGAGCCAUCAUGGCGGCGACGCAGCGCGACCCUGUGGUACUCCAAGCUACGGACCUCCCCAACCUGCUGAAGAAGCUGAAGACGAAUAACGCGCUACUGGACGAGGUGCAGCGAGGACUGAAUGAUUACUUGGAGAAGAAGAGGCUGUUCUUCCCGAGGUUCUUCUUCCUAUCAAACGACGAGUUGCUCGAGAUCCUCUCGGAGACGAAGGACCCGACGCGAGUCCAGCCGCACCUAAAGAAGUGCUUCGAGGGCAUCCACUCGCUGCAGUUCAACGCGGCGGGCGAGAUCGUAGCGAUGUCGUCGGCCGAGGGCGAGACGGUGCGCCUGUCCGCGACUAUACAGCCUGCUGACGCUAAGGGCAUGGUGGAGCGAUGGUUGCAGCAGCUCGAGCAGCAGAUGUCGGCGAGCAUGCGCGACGUGGCGGCGGCGGCGCUGGCGGCGUACGCGGCCGGCCCGCGCGGCGCCUGGUUGCUGGACUGGCCGGGGCAGAUCGUGCAGUGCGUGGCCUGCCUCGUGCGAACCACGGAGGCGGUGGUGGCGAUUCAGUCUAACGCGCUACCAGCUCUGGUGGAGCGCUGCACGGCGCAGAUUGUGGAGUUGGUGGGGCUGGUGCAGGGCGCGCUGGAGCCCAGCCACCGCAUCACUGUGGAAGCUCUCAUUGUGCUGGAUGUGCACGGUCGGUCAAUCGUGGAGGAGCUGGUGGAGAAGAAAGUGACGGAUCCGCUGGACUUCACGUGGCGGCGCACGUUGCGGUACUACUGGCGCGGCGAACGAGUCAUAUGCGCUAUGAUAAGCACGGAGUUGCUGUACGGAUUCGAGUACCUGGGCAACACGGGCCGCCUCGUCGCCACACCUCUCACUGACCGUUGUUACAGGACCCUAAUGAGUGCGCUGAAGCUAAACCUGGGCGGAGCGCCCGAGGGCCCCGCGGGUACGGGCAAGACGGAGACCACGAAGGAUCUGGCCAAGGCCGUCGCCAAGAAGUGCGUCGUCUUCAACUGCUCAGACGGCCUCGACUAUAAGGCGCUGGGGAAGUUCUUCAAGGGUCUGGCGCAAUCCGGCGCGUGGGCGUGCUUCGACGAGUUCAACCGCAUCGAGCUGGGCGUGCUGUCGGUGGUGGCGCAGCAGAUCUUGUGCGUGCAGCUGGCGGUGCUGCGUGGGGAGCGCCGCUUCGUCUUCGAGGGCACCGAGCUGACGCUCGACCCUACCUGCGCCGUCUUCAUCACCAUGAACCCGGGGUACGCGGGGCGCACGGAGCUGCCGGACAACCUGAAGGUACUGUUCCGUACUGUGGCGAUGAUGGUGCCGGACUACGCCAUGAUCGGCGAGAUCACGCUCUACUCCAACGGCUUCGUGAACGCUGCGCCGCUGGCGCGCAAGAUAGUACAAGCAUACAAGCUGUGCUCGGAGCAGCUCUCCUCCCAGAACCACUACGACUACGGCAUGCGCGCGGUGAAGGCGGUGCUGCUGGCCGCCGCCGCGCUGCGCCGCGCCAGCCCCGCGCUGGACGAGGAGCGCAUAGUGCUGCGCGCGGUCCUCGACGUCAACAUGCCCAAGUUCCUCAAGGAGGACGUGCCUCUCUUCUCUGGCAUCACCUCAGACCUGUUCCCUGGAGUGGAGGUACCGCAGCCGGACCGCGACGAGCUGCUCGCGUGCAUCCGCCAGGAGCUAGCUAAACGAAACCUCCAGUCGACAGACUGGUAUACGGAGAAGAUACUGCAGAUUUACGAAAUGAUGCUCGUCCGUCACGGAUUCAUGAUAGUUGGUCCGGCGAUGGGCGGCAAGACGCAGGCUUACCAGACCCUAGCCGAAGCCCUGCGAGCUCUACAGCUGAUGAAGCCACCGCCGAGACAUCAGGAGUACGGCGCGGUCUACAGGAUCAUCAACCCUAAAGCCAUAACCAUGGGUCAGCUGUAUGGAUGCUUCGACCCGGUGUCGCAUGAGUGGUCAGAUGGCGUUGUAUCUGUAGCGUUCCGCGAGUUCGCGACGUCGGCGACUCGGGAACGCAAGUGGAUCGUGCUGGACGGGCCGGUCGACGCGCGGUGGAUAGAGGACAUGAACACCGUGCUGGACGACAACAGGAAGCUGUGUCUCAUGAGCGGGGAGAUUAUACAGAUGACGGCCAAGAUGAACCUGAUAUUCGAGGCGGCGGACUUAGAGUUCGCGUCGCCGGCCACCGUCUCCCGCUGCGGCAUGAUCUACAUGGAGCCUGAACAGCUGGGUUGGCGCGCGUUCCACGCGUCGUACUUCGCCUCGCUAAGCGCGCGUCUGAUCCCGGAGCAGCUGGAACUGCUGCAGGAGCUGGUGGGGUGGCUGGUGCCGCCGCUUCUGGACCACCUGGCCCGGUGCCGACACUUCGUGCGCGUCGGCGAGAUACACCAGUACUAUUCGUUCAGCCGUCUGCUGUCGUGUCUGCUGGAGGGUGAGACACAGGUGAGCACGGUGUGGCUGCAGUGCACCUUCCUCUUCGCGCUGCUGUGGGGACUCGCCGCUACGCUUACAGGCGAGAGCCGCAAAACCUUCGACUCGUACUUCCGAAAGCUGCUGGACGGCCAAGUGAGCGCGCACCCUCGACCCAAGGCGUUCAAGCUGAACAAGAGCCAGGUGUUCCCAGAUCGAGACACAGUCUUUGACUUUGUGUACGAUAAACGCAACAACGGCAGCUGGGUGCAGUGGACUGAACUGGAGAAGGAGGUGCCCAUUGCGCCCGAUGCCAAGGUGAACGAGAUAAUAGUCCUGACGAACGAGAACGCGUGUCUCCGGUACUUCGUGAGCCGCAUGGUCGCCUGCCGCGUCCCCGUGCUGCUGGUCGGACCCACCGGGACGGGCAAGUCCUCGCUCGUACUGGACUACCUGCUCUCCCUGCCGCGGGACAAGUACAUCACGAAUACUAUCACCUUCUCCGCCAGGACUACUGCUAAUCAGACGCAAGACAUAAUAAUGUCGAAAGUGGAUCGUCGGCGGAAGGGCGUGUUCGGGCCGUCGAUGGGCAAGAAGUGCGUGCUGUUCGUGGACGACGUGUCCAUGCCGCAGCGGGAGGAGUUCGGCGCGCAGCCGCCCCUGGAGCUGCUGCGCCAGUGGCUCGCUCACGGACACCUGUACGACCUGCGCUCUGCUGCUAGACAAGAGCUCCUGGACGUGCUGCUCGUGGCUGCCAUGUUACCGCCCGGCGGGGGCUCCAACGAGGUGACGUCACGGCUGACCCGCCACACGAUACUCGUGGGUCUGGACGCCUUCGCCGACGCUACACUCACUAAGAUAUUCACCACCAUCAUGGACUGGCACUUCGAGAAGGACUUCCCAGAGAUCAUUGUUAGAGCGAGCAAGGCGGUGGUAUCAGCGACUCUGGGCGUGUACCGUGCGGCGCGCGCGGCGUUCCUGCCCACGCCCACCCGCUGCCACUACGUGUUCAACCUGCGCGACUUCUCGCGCGUAGUACGCGGCGUCCUGCUAGUGCCCGCGCCGCGCAUGCGCGACCUGUCCAAGCUGGUGCUACUGUGGCUGCACGAAGUGUACAGAGUGUUCGCCGACCGCCUCGUCGAUGAUGAUGAUAGGAACAAGCUAUUCGACAUAGUGUACAAGGAGACGUACGCGAGCUACCGCGUCCACCUCGACCAGGUGCUGAGCGAGCUGGGCUACGUGCCGGAUGGCGAGAAGUGUGCGGAGCGACACGCGGCUGACGUGUUCUUCGGCAACUACAUGGAGCCUGACGCCGAUCCGAAGGUGUACGAUCAGGUAACGGACGUAAACGACAUGUGCGCCAAGAUGGAGUACUACGUAGAGCAGUACAACAUGAUGUCCGCGGCGCCGAUGAGCCUCGUCAUGUUCCGGUACGCGCUGCACCAUGUUUCGCGAGCGGCGCGCGUGCUGCUGCAGGACAACGGUAAUUUGCUGUUGGUCGGAGUCGGUGGCAGCGGACGAAGCAGUGCAGUGAAGUUGGCUGCGUUUAUUUUGGAAAUGAACGUCGUGCAGGUGGAGAUCUCGCGGUCAUACGGGCAGCACGAGUGGCGUGAGGACCUCAAGAAGUUGCUCAUGAAGGCCGGCAUCGGUGGCAAACCGAUCGUCUUCUUGUUCUCCGAUACGCAAAUAAUGUACGAGGGCAUGGUGGAGGACAUCAACAUGCUGCUCAACUCCGGCGACAUCCCCAACCUGUACGCGCUCGACGACCGCGUCGAGAUACUCGAAAGCAUGCAGGCCGCCAUCCGCGACGUGCGAUCCGGUAAGAAGAUCGAGACGACCCCACUUGCGAUGUUCGGCUUCUACGUGGAGCGUGUGCGUGCGAACCUGCGCGUCGCAUUCGCCGCGUCGCCCAUAGGGGACGAGUUCCGCGUGCGCCUGCGCAUGUUCCCCUCCCUCAUCAACUGCUGCACCAUUGACUGGUUCACAGCAUGGCCGCCAGAGGCGCUGGAGCGCGUGGCGUCGAUGUUCGUUAGUAACAUGGAGGAUGUUGACGAACAGACACGGUUCGCCUGCGUCGCCGUCUGCCAGCUGUUCCAUACCUCGGUUGUCGAGCUCAGCGAGAGAUUCUACGCGGAACAGAGACGGAAGGUAUAUGUGACACCGACCAGCUACCUCGAACUGCUGAAGUCAUUCCAGGGUCUGUACACGUUGAAGGUGGAUCAGAUCACGAAGGCCAGGAUCCGAUACGAGACAGGUCUGGAGCAGCUGGAGUACGCGGCGGGACAGGUUGGCGUGAUGCAGCAGAACCUCAUUGAGCUGCAGCCGCAGCUGGUGGACACCUCCGACAAGACGGAGAAACUGAUGAUCAAGAUAGAACAGGACACGGUCGUCGUUGAGAAGCAAAAAGAGAUUGUGGGUGCCGAUGAAGCCCUAGCCAAUGAAGCAGCAGCUGCAGCACAAGCCAUAAAGGAUGACUGCGAAUCGGACCUAGCUGAGGCGGUGCCAGCUCUCGAAGCAGCGUUAGAAGCCCUGGACACCCUCAAACCGGCAGACAUCACCCUGGUCAAGUCCAUGAAGAACCCGCCUGCUGGGGUGAAGCUGGUGAUGGAGGCUGUCUGCGUCAUGAAGGGGAUUAAGGGAGAUAGGAAGACGGAUGCAAAUGGAAAAACAUACGAAGACUACUGGGGUCCCUCUCAGAAGAUGCUAGGAGACAUGAAGUUCCUGGAGAGCCUGAAGAACUACGACAAAGACAACAUCCCGCCUGCCAUCAUGAAGAAGAUUAGAGAGAAAUAUAUUCCGGACCGCGAGUUCGAGCCGAGCGUGAUCGCGAAAGUGUCUGGCGCUUGCGAGGGCUUGUGCCGCUGGGUGCGCGCAAUGCACGUCUACGACCGCGUCAUCAAGGUGGUGGGUCCCAAGAAGGCAGCGCUGGCGGCGGCAGAAGCAGAGCUACAGACGCAGCUGGACACGCUGAGCGGCAAGCGAGCACAGCUGCAGACCGUGCUGGACAAGCUGCAGGCGCUAAACGACGAGUUCGCUGAGAUGACGCGCAAGAAGAAAGGCUUGGAGGACGAGAUAGACCUGUGCUCGACGAAGCUGGCGCGCGCCGAGCAGCUCAUCGGCGGGCUGGGCGGCGAGAAGGCGCGCUGGACGGACCUGGCCGCUCGCCUGCAGCAGCUGCUGGAUAAUAUCAUCGGCGACGUGCUACUAUCAGCUGGGUUCAUCGCGUACCUGGGCCCGUACACCGUCAGCUACCGCCGCGAGAUACUCGCCAUGUGGAACCACAGGACGCAGGAACUCGACAUUCCAUGCUCGGCCAACUUCUCGCUGGUAUCGACGCUGGGCGAGGCGGCGGCGGUGCGUGCGUGGAACAUAGCGGGUCUGCCCGUCGACGCCUUCUCCGUCGAGAACGCCAUCGUCGUCGAGCGGGCGCGACGCUGGCCGCUCAUGAUCGACCCGCAAGAACAAGCAACAAAAUGGGUGAAGAAUAUGGAGAAAGCUAACCACCUGAAGGUGAUCAAGCUGUCGGACGCCCACUACAUGCGGGAUAUAGCGACGGCCGUGCGCCUCGGCCGGCCGGUGCUGUUGGAACACGUUAGAGAAUCGCUGGACGCAGCACUGGAUCCUGUGCUGCUGAAAAAUACCUUCAGAGAUGGUGGUAUCGUAUGUUUGCGUCUGGGCGAGGAGGUGGUAGAGUACAGCCCCGACUUCCGCUUCUACAUCACAACGCGACUCACCAACCCGCACUACCUGCCCGAAGUCGCCGUCAAGGUGACGAUGAUAAACUUCAUGAUAACCCGCCAAGGGCUGGAGGACCAGCUGCUGGGGACGGUGGUGGCCCGCGAGCGGCCCGACCUGGAGCAGCACAAGAACGAGCUGAUAGUACAGAGCGCGCACAACAAGCGCCUGCUGAACGACAUCGAGGACAAGAUAUUGGAGGUGCUAUCAUCGGCCAGCAACAUUCUAGAGGACGAGUCGGCGAACCAGAUCCUGUCGUCGUCCAAGACUCUGUCACUUGAAAUCGAGACGAAGCAGGCGGCGUCGGCAGUGACAGAAAAGGAGAUAGACUCUGCUCGCUUGCUGUACGUGCCCGUCGCACAGCACGGCAGCCUGCUGUUCUUCUGUAUCUCCGAGCUGGCGAAUAUAGAUCCUAUGUACCAGUAUUCGUUGAAUUGGUUCAUAAACUUAUACAACCAGGCCAUAACGAACUCGCCGAAAAGCGAGGUGCUGGCGGAGCGGUUGGCCGGUCUCAACGACAACUUCACAAACAGCAUCUACAACAACGUCUGCCGGAGCUUGUUCGAGAAGGACAAGCUCACCUUCUCUCUCGCUCUCACGCUCAAUAUCCUGAGGCCCAAGGGCGAGGUGGACGAGUCCCUGGUAUCCUUCUUGCUGGUGGGCGGCGUGGGGCUGGACAACCCUCACGAGAACCCCGCGCCACACUGGCUCGCCGACAACCGCUGGGGCGACAUCGUCGCUGCCAGCGAGCUUGACGCUCUCAAAGGAUUCAGAGAGCACUUUGAGAGAAACAUCGGCGCAUGGAAGGCGCUGUACGACGAGACGUCGCCGCACGAGUGCGCGCUGCCGAAGCCGUAUGACAAACUCGAGGGUAUCGCUAAACUCGUAGUGUUCAGAUGUAUCCGUCCGGACAAGCUCGUGCCACUUGUCCGCGCGUACGUAACCGAGCGUCUCGGUCGUGCGUACGUAGAACCGCCCCCGUUCGACCUUGCACGCACGUACGCCGAUAGCGUCGCCGCCUCGCCGCUCAUCUUCGUGUUGUCUCCUGGUGCUGAUCCCAUGACGGACCUGGUGAAGUUCAGCUCCGACAUGAAGGUUGUGAGCUUCGAGACCAUCUCGCUUGGACAGGGGCAGGGUCCAAUAGCAGCUGCAAUGAUCAACGUGGCGGUGGAGACGGGCGGCUGGGUGGUGCUGCAGAACUGUCACGUGCUGCCGGCGUGGCUGCCCGAGCUGGAGCGCAUCGCAGCCGAGGUCAUCGACUCGCCCACCACAAACGAGCUGUUCCGGCUCUGGUUGACUUCCUACCCCACUGAUGCGUUCCCGGUCACGCUGCUGCAGAAUGGUGUGAAGAUGACGAACGAGGCACCGAAGGGCGUUCGCAACAGCAUGUACCGGUCGUACACGACGGAGCCACUGAGCGCGCCCGAGACGCACGUGGCGGUCGCGAACACGGAACAGUGGCGCCGGCUCGUGUUUGCGCUGUGCCUGUUCCACGCGGUGGUUCGCGAGCGGCGCGCGUACGGCCCGCUCGGCUGGAACGUGCCCUACGAGUUCAACGACUCCGACCUCCGCAUCUCCAUCAUGCAGCUGCAGAUGUUCCUGACGGAGUACUCGGAGAUCCCGCUAGAGGCGCUGGUGUACCUGACGGGCGAGUGCAACUACGGCGGGCGAGUGACCGACGACAAGGACCGCCGCCUGCUUAUGUCGCUGCUCGACGUCUUCUACAAUGAGGACGUCAUCAAACAGCCUAAGUACUGUUUCUCCCCGAGCGGGCAGUACUGUAUCCCGGAGAGUACGGAGUACUCGGCUGUGUUGACCCACAUCCGAGCGCUGCCCGAUGUCGCCCGACCAGAGAUCUUCGGCUUGCAUGAAAACGCCGAUAUCACGAAGGAUAACAGCGAGGCGGCUGCGCUGCUACGCGGGGUGGUGUUGACGCGGGGCGGCGGCGCGGCUGCAGCAGAUGACGUGGGCGGAGUCCUGCAGCUGGCGGAGGCGGUGCUCGCCCGCCUGCCGCCGCCCUAUGACGUGCAGGCGGUCGAGCAGCACCGCCCACCCAGUUACGACAACAGCCUCAAUACUGUGCUGAAACAGGAGCUGAUCCGCUACAACCGCCUUCUCCUGGUGGUAAGAACCAGCCUGCAGGGUAUAUGCGCGGCGGCGCGCGGGCUGGCGGUGAUGAGCGCGCAGCUGGAGGGCGCUCACGCGGCGAUGCUGCGCGGUGCGGUGCCGCCGCUGUGGGCCGCCGCCUCUUACCCCUCACUGAAGCCGCUCGCCUCGUACGUCGCCGACCUGCUGGCCAGACUGAGGUUCCUACAAGACUGGAUCGACGAGGGUCCGCCGGCGGUGUUCUGGAUCUCCGGCUUCUUCUUCACGCAGUCCUUCCUCACGGGCGUGCUGCAGAACUACUCGCGUCGACACCGCAUACCCAUAGACCAGGUUCACUUUGAGUUCACGAUAACGGACAUGGAGGCAGAGUGUUCUACUGAGCCUGACUAUGGCGUGUAUUGUAAGGGUCUCUAUCUAGAAGGUGCAAGGUGGAACAGAAAAAAGAAGAGACUAGAUGAAUCCCUACCAAAGAUUCUUUUUGAUCCAAUACCAAUAAUUUGGUUCCGACCUGCACUCAUUGCAGAGUUCAAGCCUCCGCCCUGCUACUUUUGUCCAAUAUACAAGACUAGCGAAAGGAGAGGAGUUUUGGCUACCACAGGGCACUCCAGUAACUUCGUCAUGUUCAUAACGCUGAACAGCAAAGUACCUGAGAAGCACUGGAUCAACCGUGGGGUGGCAAGCUUGACACAACUUGAUGACUGAUUAAAUUAUUUAUUUAUUA